CAUUUGAAGUUUCAGUUUUAUCAUUUACUGAAUUAAUUAAGUUUUCUUAGUUUUUAUCUCAAAUAUAAAAAAAUAAACCAUUAUUUAUUUACAAUGACUUCACUUCCUCGUCCACCUUUGAAUAGAAUACCAGCAGUUGCGCCAACUAUCAAACAAGAUAAUGCAGUGAAAGAUUUAACAAAACUUUCCCGCUUGGAGUUGUUGGAUCUUAAAGAACGUCAGAAUAAGCUUCUGGCUAAUAAGGAAAACUUAAAGCGACUGCCGGAUAAAGGGAAACGUAUACAACAUUUCUACGAUAGAGUGAUCGCUGAGCUAGAUCGACGAACGAAUAUCGAUGAAGCAGCCCAAUUGUUUUCCGAGUUGAAUAUAGCUUCUAGGGGUCAAGAGGUGCUUAAUCGUCUGGAAUGGAACGGCCGUUUGAAUAGUGACAACGGGGAAGAUCCAACAGAAGAUGUGCUAGAUAGUGAUGAUGAGGCAGAAUUAGACCCCUUGCGUGUGAUAGCACAGCGCACAAUGCAUGAGCGACGUACCACAGUUCUACCACCUGAACCGAAGCUAAUUACAGAAGCUGAUUUAGCUGAGAUUGAAACUUUUAAAAUAAAGUCUCAAGUAAAUGAUACUGAACUAUCUGAAUCUAUAGAAAUAAAAGAAAAAGCGACCGCUGGUGAUUCAAGUGAGGUAAUAGAUGCGCAAAUUGUAGAAAUUAAUGUCGGUGAAAAGCUCCUGAAUCUGAAGCCCAAAUUACAGCAUAUUACCGAAAAUUCACCCUCAUCGAAAACAAGCUCAGUGAGUGGGGACAUUCGUUGUAGCACACCCUCCCUACAAGAAGUGGAACAACAUGUACGAUAUCUAGUUACUAAAACAGAGUUGCAAGUGGCACCACAACGUGAGAAAUUCAAGCCCUACAAAACAACAGUGUCCGAUGUACACAAUCCGGUAAAGGAACGAUCGCGCAAAAAGGGUAAACAUUGGGAAGUUACUGCUGCAACGCCACCUCUUAUACAGCAUUGUGGCACCAAAAUGUUGACAUUAAUUGAUUCAGUAGACUUGCAAGCCACUUAUUUGGCCAAAAUGAAAGAAUUGCAAGAAAAACAAGCAGAGGAGCGUUUGGCGGCACGAUUAGUGCGACUGGAGCAACGCAACUUGAAACUGCCUACAGAGGAAGAGCUGAAAACAAAAGCUGCCUUCACUGCAUACCGUACAACAGCAGUGCAUAUCGAAGGCGAACAGAAGUUCAAUGAGGAUGAUGAGGUGUAUGAUCCACUAGACGAAGAAAAAACUGGCGGGGGUGUUACGUAUACCGUCUACAAUUAAUUUCUUUAAUUCUCAUGUCCCUAUAUGAAAUAAUUGCAAUUUUAUUAUUUGAAAGUUCAUUUAUUAGGCGAUCUUUUGUCAACAACAUAUAUAUAAUACAUAUUUAUGCUGGUUAAACGUAAAACUAUGUAUGUAUGUGUAGCGACCCUCAGCAUAUAAGACGUGUAAAAUGUAAGUACUUGAAUUCGAUUAAGUCAUCGUUAAAAAUUUAAAGCUUCCCUUUUAAGCACCCACUCAUAGGUGGCUAUAAUGUUGAAAACUAUGCUUUCGUCUCUCAAUAAAGUACACAAACUUGUAGAAUUCCUAAUAUAACAACA